AUGCUAUGUUCUUUUCCGGACUACCUCUGCCAGCUCACACAAUCGUUUGUAGACCGGGAGAAGCGGUAUGGUUCCUACGAAGAAGGUAGAUGGACCUGGCCGGAAGAAGAACUUCGCAAGCUUUUAUCGCAGAUCCUAACAGAGGGGACAAAGAACAGUCCGGUCAUCGUCUUUAUUGACGCACUUGAUGAAUGUGGGAAGGAUUCUGCCAGAACCUUACUGACAUACUUCAAAGAUCUUAUGGAGGCAGUCAAGUGCAAAGGUGGACAGGCAAAAAUAUGUCUUUCUUCCAGACAUUAUCCAAUCCUGGGUCAUCACAUGAUCCCAUCCAUCUGCAUGGAACAACAAAAUACUAACGAUAUACAACGCGUCGUUGGUGGUAUGCUGAAAGAAAUUGAAGCAGAGGAAGAUCGCAAGUAUUUUGAAAGUGAAGUUUUGUCGAAAGCUCGAGGAGGAUUUCAAUGGGCAGUCCUUGUUUGUAACAGGGUGAUUGAAGAGAACAUUAUUGGCACCAAGAGAGAAGACCUGCGCAGCAAGUUGGCUGACAUCCCCGAAGCUCUUGACGGGCUAUACUCUAGAAUUCUAAAUGAUGUGCAUGAAAGCGACAGACAGCAGAUGGUCAAGCUGUUCCAAUGGAUUCUAUUUGCUAAGAGACCCCUGUCUGCUCACGAGCUUCGGGAUGCACUUUCUAUUGAUAUAGACAUGGAACCUGGAACGCAGCUCAGAAGUCACAGCAGCUGGUCUGAUACCGUGACUAAAUUUGAGGUUCACGUGAGACAUCUCUCCAAAGGAUUGGUAGAAUUUCAAUCGCGUGAAAUAUGGGAACAAUAUGAACCUGGGGAGGAAGAUUCUGAUCGGGAAGCUCAGUUUAUACACCAGUCAGUGGCUGACUUUCUGCUCAAUAAAUUCCUCAGCAGUAUUAUGUGUGACCCGCAUCUCUCUCAGUCCGUCGUUGGAGCUGGUCAUUUUCGAAUAUCAAGAGCUUGUCUCAGAUACAUGACACAUGAUGAAGUCCUGGAAGGUGGUCAGCGACUAUCCCGUAGCAAAUUCUUCCAGACAUUCCAGUUGAUACCAUACGCUGUACGGUUUUUGUUUCAGCACAUCAAGGAGGUGGAACAACAAAAUAUCCCUCAAUCCGAUCUCCUCACCCUCCUUCACUGGGGUCAAAAGUCAACCUUACAAAAAUUAGCAAAUUUAUGGAGAGUCUCUGAUCCUGAUAAUGUCUAUACGCCCCGAGGUUGGCCAUUCAUCCAGGCAACGGCAUUCCAUGUCCUGAUUACAUUUGCGUCGAAAAGCGCUUUUGACGAUCUGUUGCAGAAUGAUGGGGUCGAGGUUGAUGGUAGAGAUAUUGAUGGGAACACACCCCUCCUUCUCGCUAUAAAAAGAGGCCAUCAGGAUAUGGCGGUGGCACUUUUAAAUCGUUCCAUAGAAUGGCAGCUGCACCAAAAGGAGGUAGCUGUGAGUGCCAUCAUUUAUGGAACAAGCACAAAGCGGGAUAGGUACUACUUCAUGGACGUUAAUGCUCGGGACAAUGAGAAUAACACAGCGUUGAGUGUUGCCAUGGAAGAAAGUGCCCUAGACGUGAUGGUGAAAUUAAUUGAGGGAGGAGCGAGUUUUAACAUUCAGGAUAGCUCUGGUUGGACACCACUCACCUGGGCAUCAGAAGGAGGACAUGAAGCAGUAGCCAAGCUACUCCUUGAGCAGGGAGCGGAUCCUAAUACUCAGGAUAGCUCAGGUCAGAUACCACUGUCUAAAGCAUUAGAAGGAGGGCAUGAAGCAGUAGCCAAGCUACUUCUUGAGUGGGGAGCGGAUCCUAAUGCUCGGGAUAGCUCAGGUCAGACACUACUUAUCUGGGCAUCAGAAAAAGGACAUGAAGCAGUAGCCAAGCUACUCCUUGAGCAGGGAGCGGAUCCUAAUGCUCGGGAUAGCUCAGGCUGGACACCACUCAUCUGGACAUUAGAAGGAGGGCAUGAAGCAGUAGCCAAGCUACUCCUUGAGCAGGGAGCGGAUCCUAACACUCCGGAUAGCUCAGGUCGGACACCACUCUCCAGGGCAUCAUGGAGAGGGCAUGAAGCAUUAGCCAAGCUACUCCUUGAGCAGGGAGCGGAUCCUAACACUCCGGAUAGCUCAGGUCGGACACCACUCUCCAGGGCAUCAUGGAGAGGGCAUGAAGCAUUAGCCAAGCUACUCCUUGAGCAGGGAGCGGAUCCUAACACUCAGGAUAGCUCAGGCUGGACACCACUUACCUGGGCAUCAGAAAGAGGGCAUGAAGCAGUAGCCAAGCUACUUCUUCAAUAUAGGGCAGAUCCUAACUCAGGAUAUGACCUGUCAGACGUCAAUCUCAGGGGUAUGAGAAAACGCCCAACUCACAAUGAAUAA